UGCGAACGUUACACGGCCAGCUUCCCGCGCAAUCCUGCUAAGAGUAUAAUCAAUGAUUACUGUUAGCCCUCAGUUUCAUAUCAGUGCUCAAUGUAUCGAAAUUGAUGGUGGUUAGUGACGAAAAAAAAAACAAAUACAAUAUAUAAAAUUUCUCGAAGGAGAUAAACCAAAAAUCAGUCAAGUGUUUGAAAUUGAAACAAUUUUUUCCCAGUGAGUUGAUCCCACACACAGAUAGUGAUAUAACAUUAUUUAAAUAAUUACAUCAAUGUGCAUUCCUGUGGUACCACCAUUAGGGAAUUUUUGGGGGGAUGGGAAAUCCCAUUGGGCAUGAAGAAAGGUGGAUCCAUCAAAUUAAAUUUCAAGAUAUUCCACGAGACAUCGGUUUUUCCAGUAAAAGCACGUGAGAGAUGAAAAGAUAUUAAUGAGUGCUUUCCCCUCGCUUUAGGACUAAAUCAUCUUGCCGCGAGGAGCACAUUUCAAUGUCACUAAUUACAUAAUUAAAUUCAUCCUCGUAUUUUCCCACGGCUGCCGGUAUAUCGUGUAUGUAGUACACCUACAUAUAGUUCUCUGUAUCACUUUCGAUUGUGGUUACUAUCACAAAGAGGAAGUCGCAGGUAGUGAAAUUUUCCAAAAUCAUCACACUGAAAGAAAGACAAUACCAUUUCAUCAUCUCAGGCGCACAGACAAAACAUCAAUGAGAUAAAGCGGGGGUGUGGGUUGAUAAAAGACAAUCUUCUCCGGUGGAAAUUGAAUGAAGAGUGAAAGUGAUGAAAAAUUGUACAGACGGAAAUAUCACUCUCUGUGAUGAAGACAACCUAUGGGGAUUCACCUUCGACAAUAUAACAAAUUACACGACCAUUGAGUAUCAAAGUGAUCCAGGAUUCAGCCUCAGGUAUGGCAUUGUGGCCACUAUUUUUCUCAGCCUGGCGUAUGGAGUCGUCUUUGUGCUGGGUGUCGUGGGCAACGUGGCGGUCGUUGUGGUUGUCUUCAAGAGUACCAGCAUGAGAUCGGCCACCAAUCAAUUUAUUGCGAAUCUGGCGAUUGCAGACCUACUUGUAAACUUUUUCUGUCUACCCUUUACACUCGUGGGAAAUAUUUUUCAAGCGUGGAUUCUUGGAGUAUUUGUCUGCAAAAUUGUCUCAUACCUGCAAGGUGUUUCCGUCUCGGCAUCCGUUAAUACCCUUAUGGCCAUCUCUCUGGAGAGAUGUGCUGCAAUUUCCUUCCCACUCACCGGGACCAUGUCACGGCGGCAGUACCGGAUCUCUGUGAUGCUCAUCUGGACCAUUGCUCUGACAAUCAACAUGCCGCUCCUGUUUGUCUUCUCGACGGAACCAUUGGGUAUCAAGGGGAGUGUGGCGGAAGUUUGUGUUGAACUCUGGCCCUCUGAGAAUGCGGAUAAUCUCUUCUUUGCCAUUGCAAACCUCACCAUUUGCUACCUUGGACCACUCACCGUCAUCUCCAUCUGCUACACCGUGAUCUGGCGUAGUGUUGCCAACCGCAGCAUCCCUGGCGAGAGGCUGUGCAAUCGCCAAAUCUGUGUAGUCAACAGAUCAAAGGUCGUCAAGAUGGUCUUUGUCGUGAUUGUUACCUUCACACUUUCUUGGCUGCCGCUCUACGCCAUCUUCUGCUUUGUUAAAUUCUCUGGGAAUCUUCUCAAUGAUAAGACAACUCAAGACAUUAUUCACGUCAUCUUUCCCAUUGCUCAGUGGCUAGGAGCUGCCAAUUCCUGCAUAAAUCCUAUCCUGUAUGCCUUCAUGAAUCGCAAAUUUCGUGUAGGAUUUAAGAGUCUCAUUGGGAAAACAAAUAGCACUUCCCACCUUUUUGAACACAACGUGGCGUUCACAAUGAAGGAAUUUAGUAGUCGUGGUAGUCGCAGAUUUAGCUCGAGCGUCAAAACUCAGCACGGGAUCAUCAAGGAUGGCUCCUUCCGCAUGUCCUUCCCAAAUCAUUCUAAUAAUCUCACCGUCAUCCAUGAUCAAUUCCUCACGACCAGUAAUUAAAUUUUCAUUAUUUUCAAUUUCCUCUUAUCUGUUUUCUUUUCUGUGAAAGCUGUUGACUAUUUUUCUAUGUAAUUUUGAGAAGAAUGUUGUGACUUUUUGAUGUAUCAAAAAAUAAAUAAAUAAAAUACAUAAAAAA